AUGGCAGGAGUUAACAGUGAACAAAAUAUCGAAAAUGAUGAUCUUCUUUGUCCCAUUACUAUGGAACUGUUUCGUGAUCCACUAGGUGAUUAUUUGAGACAAUUGGCGGAAGGUCGUCGACAUUCAGUUGUUUCAUACAAUGUGCAACAGAGUACAGUUACUUUACCACCAUUACGUAUUGAUUCGAGAAAUGUUAGACGUAUAUAUCCUCAAGGAACUAAUGAAACCGCAGCGGGGCAAUCCGAGAACAGCAAAUGUAGUGAAUCUUGUAUUUGUAUAUGUUGUAGUUGUGGAUUGAUUAUUUUGAGAGUUGUUCUUGCAGUUAUCAUCGUAGGCAUACUGUCCUCUUCAUCAAAUAGAACUCCAUAUGGAUGUUCGUAUCCGAUUCCACUUCUGUCCGACAUAAUCAUCAAUACAACGAUAACUUUUGCAGACGCAUUCACAACAGUGAGUCCGACGUAUAUGCAACUGAGUGAUUCAUCAAUAUCAUCGAAAGUUACAGUACUAUCGACUUAUAUGGAUACUUAUAUCGAAAAACAUUCAACGCAACUCAGCCAACGGUGA